AUGAGUAUUACUGCUACUAGAAGGAGAAACCAAGAGACCGUCUGUUGCAAGACAACAACGACUUCCAUCAAGGUAGAAGCGCUCAAUAGUAAAGCCACCUUGAGGAAGGAGAAGCUGCUUCACGAUUUUCAUGAGCUGCCGGAUUGGCAAAGAGAUAACGAUAAGAUUCUUACUGGGUACGUACGCGAGACGCUGUCGUGGAAAAAGUGUUUGUAUUCCUUGUUUUACUGGAAUAACGAGACUGUGAACAUCUACACGCACUUAGUGCCAGCAAUCGUGUACUUCGUGUUCGGUGUCACGCUUACAAACUAUUUCCUCAUUCCCGUGUUCCCCUCCACCACGUGGUCCGAUUACACCGUGAUCAAUAUUUUUUUAAUGGGUGCGUUCCUGUGUCUAAUGUGCAGCAGUUGUUUCCACUGCAUGAAACAACACUCCGAGAAGCAGAGUGAUUUCUGGAGUAAGCUUGACUACUUGGGAAUCAUCAGCUUGAUCUCAUGCUCGAUGAUUCCUAUAAUAUACUUCGGCUACUUCGACCACGUAUCUUACUUCAGUCUCUUCACGGUCGUCACGCUGGUCCUGGCCACUUUUUGCACCAUCUGUGUCCUACAUGAGAAGUUCAACACUUCUACUUUCCGUCCCUUUAGGGCCAUGUUUUUUAUAUUAUUCGGGUUCAGUGGGCUCCUCCCAUUGACUACUGGUCUUUUCAAGUUUGGUCUUCAAGGUGUGCUUAACAGAAUAAGAGUGAGCUUUGUGUUCUGGGAAGCGCUCUUUUACAUUUCGGGGGCUCUCAUCUACGGGUUCAGGAUUCCGGAAACUUUGGCGCCAGGAAAGUUUGACUUUUUCGGUAGCUCUCAUCAAAUAUUCCACAUUAUGGUCGUUCUCGGUUCCGUUUGCCAUCUAAAGGCCAUUAUCGAUUCUUAUAAAUUAAUGCAUUCUCAUUUCCAUUCUUAG